AUGACUGUCACCAGGGUGCUGCACGCAGUUGCUCUGCUCCUCCUGCAAGGGGGGUUUCCAGGGGCUGGCAGUGAAACUGUGACUGUGAAGGAAGGAGAAGACCUGACCCUGCACUGCACCUUCAGCCCCCCCAGCGCUGCCCACAGCUCUGCUCUGCAGUGGUUGAACCCUCGUGGUUUCACCAUUUUUCUCAACAGCCAGCAGGUUUUAAGAGACAAGAGGUACAAACUCAUCCAUUAUUCCGAGGAUGAAUUAUCCAUCCAGCUGUCCCAGGUCACAGUGCACGACGAAGGCUCCUACAGAUGCUUCUACUAUGGCAGACCCUUCCAAAGCAAGGCCCAGCCUGUUGAGGUACUGGCUGCCCCUUCUAAUCCAGUACUGGAAGUAUCCCAAGGCACAGAAAGAGGCAUUACACUGUCCUGCUACACCCAAGGAUGCAAACCCCAGCCCCGGGUCACCUGGCUGUUGGACAACGGGAUGGAGCUCCCAGUUUGUGUUUCAGUUGCCAAUCACAAGCCCAACCUGCAAUAUGUAGCAGAAGGAUAUGGGGAAACCACCCUGAAGAAUCCAAGUGACAAAACCACUGCAAUAAGUGAGAAAAGGUUUGCAUGUGGAAAGGAAACAGAUGUAUAGCAAUGGGAAACCUGUUCCAUGUGCAGAAACCCCCCUUUUUCCUCAUGUCAAAGAUCUCAGGUCUCAUGAUUUCAAGAAGCAGGAGCAGCAGCAGCUGCUUUCCAUCCCAAAGCCAACUGGGACUGCUUUUAUUAAACAGCAGGACAGGUAGAUGGGACUGGUGCUCCUGGAAACCUGUCAGCAGUGGACUGGUUCACCUGGAAUCCUCAGAGGAUUUCAUUAUCCACUGCCAGAAAUAGAGCUCAUCAAUCCCAUCCCAGAUCCCACCAGCAACUGGGCUCCUCUGAAGAUAUUCAGUCCAUACAAAAAUAUUAAUGUACUGCUCCAGCGAUCACAGGGCUGAGCAGGAAAUCCAAGGUGCUGCAAACCUUGUAUGAUCUCAUUCUGCCUCCAGACAUGGACCUCCAGCUGGAUUUAACCAAGCAGGGGGUUAAAAAAAGAAGGUUACUGCCCCUCUCUAGGACUUCUGCCUCAGUUCCUCACCUGUCCAAGGAUAACAUUUCUCACCUGUCCCAGGAUAACAUCCCUCC